CCCCCCGCCAACUUGUCCCCUCCACCCCCCUCUCGUGACGUAAUUUCCGUCGGAGUCUGCACGGCUGCGGCCGUGGUAGUGGAUCUGCGGCCUAGUCGGCAAUUCUCCCCACCCCCCUCUCUGUCGUGAAGCCUCGGUCUUGCCUGGAUUCUCCGCCGAGGGAGAGCGGCCUCGGCCCCGCCAGAGCGCACAGGACGGCCGCGGUGCAUUUGCGGCCUAGUCACCAACUCCCCGCGUCUCGAGAAGCCUCCGUCCUCGCCUGGAUUCCCCGCCGAGGGAGCGCGGCCUCGGCCCCGCCGGAGCGAAGAGAGCGGCCGUGGUGGUGGAUUUGCGGCCUAAUCGCCAACUACAACCCCCCCCCCCCCCUGUCGAGAAGCCUCGGUCUCGCCUAGAUACCCCGCCGAGGUAAAGCGGCCUCGGCCCCGCCGGAGCGAGGGAGUGGCGACGGUUGGUCGGCUGUGGCCUAGUCACCAACUCCCCGCGUCUCUGGAAGCCUCGGCCUCGCCUGGAUUCCCCGCCCGAGGGAGAGCCGCCUCGGCCCCGCCGGAACCCGAGGGAGGGUGCCUGGGUGUUUUGACUCCGCAACAAGCGACGGGCGGGCUCCGUUCUCUCUCCCCUCUCUCCCCUCUCUCUCUCUCGCCGCGAUGAAGCUGUUGAAGCCGCCCUGGGUCAACCACAACGGGAAGCCAAUCUUUUCCUUGGACAUUCACCCCGAUGGACAGAAAUUUGCUACUGGUGGUCAAGGGGAGGAUUCUGGCAAGGUUGUGAUCUGGAACCUGGACCCAGUGAGGAGCGAAGCCGAGGAGAAGAAGAACACCAACACCAACAACCACCACGCCACACGGGUCUUGUGUCAGAUGGACAACCACCUAGCGUGUGUGAACUGUGUGCGGUGGUCCAACUCCGGCUCACUGCUUGCGUCUGGAAGUGACGACAAACUCAUCAUGAUCUGGAAACCAGCGACGUUUAUCGGCCCCAGUGCUGUGUGUGGUGCUGCCUCGUCGCUGGUCAACGCCACAGAGCAGUGGCGAUGUUCCUCCAUCCUGCGGGGGCACACAGGAGACGUGAUGGAUGUUGCAUGGUCACCUCAAGAUGUGUGGCUAGCUUCCUGCAGCAUCGACAACACCGUCAUGAUCUGGAACGCACAGAAAUUCCCAGAGGUGGUGUCUGUGCUGCGUGGCCACGCCGGUCUUGUCAAAGGGGUCACGUGGGAUCCCGUUGGCUCCUACGUCGCAUCGCAGGCCGAUGACCGCACGCUCAUCGUCUGGAGGACCCGGGACUGGCAGCAGGAGACCUGCAUAUCGGAGCCCUUCCGUGAGUGUGCAGGCACCACGCACGUCCUGCGGCUGGGCUGGUCCCCGGACGGACACUAUGUGGUGUCAGCUCAUGCCAUGAACAACGCCGGGCCCACGGCCCAGAUCGUGGAACGUGGAGGGUGGAGGGCCGGGAUGGACUUUGUGGGACAUCGCAAGGCCGUCACCGCCGUGAGGUUUAACCCCAAGAUCUUCCACAAGGCAGUAAGGAACGGAGACUCGGUGAGGCCCAGCCUGCCCUACAGCUGCUGUGCCCUCGGCAGCAAAGACCGGUCACUCUCUGUGUGGCUGACGUGUCUGAAGCGGCCUCUGGUCGUCAUCCACGACCUCUUUGAGAAAUCAAUCAUGGACAUCUCCUGGAGUGCGUGUGGACGUGCUCUUCUCGUCUGCUCCAUGGACGGCUCCGUGGCUUUCGUGGAGUUUGAGAGACACGAGCUGGGAAAUCCUCUCACUCACGACGAGAAGAACUCGAUCCACCACAAGACAUACGGCACGUGGCUAUGUGCCGAGCCUCCAUCCCUGCGGGCCAUCGUCAUCGAAGAUCCAGCAACACUCAGCUACCAGACAGGCAAUCGGGUAGCACCGCCACCACCGCCUCCGCCGCCUCCACCACCGCCUCCACCGCCUCCGCCGCCUCCUCAUCCACCCUCGGCCAAUGGCUCCACCUCGUCGCUCGCUGUCAAUCAAGCGGGCGGGGGAGGGGCCGGGCCGUUCCCUUCGUUGCUCAACGGGGAAAGCCUCGAGGAGAUCAGGAAGAACCUCCUGAAGACGCAGAAGGAAACCCGGACCGCGGACGGCAGACGUAGAAUCACUCCACUGUGCAUCGCGCAGUUAGACACGGGAGACAUGGUGUUACCCUCUCCGUUUCGAGCUGCCGCCCUGGGAGGGGGUGGCUCGUCCUCCCAGUCCUUGGGCUCUCCCCCUCCCACCCCGGGCAGGCCCGAGCAGGCCGAGGCCCAGGCUUCGCCACCGGCUAGGCCCGAUGCACAGAGACUCGGAUUGGAGCCGAUGUCCGCCCUGGAUUCACGCUUCACCGACCGGCCACGAGCCGGCCCCUCCCAGCCGCCACCACCACCACCACCAACAUCGUCGGCACCACCGCCACCGGCACCACCACCACUACCGGCACCACCGGCACCACCGCCAUCGACAGCACCGCCACCGACACCACCACCACCACCGUGUGUGUGUGUGUGA